UGCUCGGAAUUACUUACAAAAUAAUACACAGUUAUCGGACAUCUGAAAAAAAAAUCGCCUUGGUGUUGAAAUUAAAAUCUGCCGAAUGAGACACUACUUAUCCUUUUUUUUUUUUUUUUUGGUGACGGCAUGCGCAGGCGCUACUAAGCCGGGGUCCUAAAUGACACUCACAUUGUGAAGAUGGCUGCCUCUCUGUCAGGACUAUUAAAACCCUGGACACCAAGAGUGUUCCUGGUGAGAUGGAGCAGGUAUAAUCCAUACUACCUGGAGCCAGAGGUCAGGAAGGAGGCGUACAGCAGACCAGAGGCAGAGCUGACUGCUGAGGAGAAGGAGCAGCGGCAGCUCAAAGUGCUACGACCCAUCAAGGCAGCAAACAAUGGAGUCACCAGCUCUGUUUUCAACGACCCAGUCCUCAGUAAAUUCAUCAACAUGAUGAUGAAACACGGAAACAAGAUUUUGGCCAGAGAGAUCAUGACGCAAACACUGGAGAACAUAAAGAGGAAACAGGUGGAAAAAUAUCACAAAGCUCCAGAGGGGAAGAAGGAAGAGAUCGAGUGUAACCCCUACACCAUCUUUCACCAGGCUCUGGAGAACUGCAAGCCUGUUGUUGGGCUGGCCAGCAUACAGAAGGGUGGGAAGUACUAUCAGGUGCCAAUCCCUCUUACUGACAACCGACGUCGCUUCCUCGCCAUGAAAUGGAUGAUCACAGAGUGCAGGGACAGCAAACACAGACGCACGCACAUGUAUGAAAAACUUUCCCAGGAAGUGAUGGCAGCCUCCGUCAAGGAGGGCAAUGUUAUCAAGAAGAAACAUGAGCUGCACAAGAUGGCCGAGGCCAACAGAGCCUACGCCCACUACCGCUGGUGGUAGAAAGAAACGCCUCCGGACUGAAACGCUGUCAAGUCAAAAUGUCUCUUCCGAUUGACAGACCAGGCAGAUGUUGAGUCGGUCAUGGAAUAUUCAGGGACACAUUGCGUUGCUCGAAGUGCUACUGUAAAUAGUAAACACCAUGAAAAUCCUUUGGUGGAGGGACUACGCUGUAAAAAGUGCUGUUGAAGUGAAAUAUGUAUAAACUGAGCGAACAUGGCUUACUGUCACUUUUUGUAUUGAGAAAUUGUAUCAUGUACCACAAACAGUCCUACUCAGUUGUAUAAAUUGAAACACAAUAAACACAUUGAACUGAAUUAA